CAGAUUUCCGCCUUAUAUGGCCCCUGAUAUGCCAGCGUUGCGAUGAAUAUUCAUCCCCCCACGCGAACGCUAGUAUAUCAGGCUAUUGUUGUCAGUAAUGCAGCUCGUGAACGGAUUACCGACAACAAUGGAGGAGGUCAACGAGAGCCUCCUGCCUCGGCGAUAUCAGGAGGAAAUCUUCUGUCGCGCGCAGGAGGGCAACGUUAUUGCGGCUUUGGACACGGGCAGCGGUAAGACGUUCAUCAGUACCUUGCUCAUAAAGUGGAUCGCAGCCAGGGACUUUGGGCAAGGGAAGGUGAUCGUCUUUCUGGUCCCGAAAGUGGCGUUGGUAGAGCAGCAAGGAAAUUUUAUAUCAAAGCAGACUCCUCUACGUGUUACGAAAUGCUAUGGCGCAAUGGCGAUAGACUUGUCCGACCGAGGGCGGUGGAAGAAAGAGUUUGACAAUUCGGACGUGCUGGUAAUGACCGCUCAGAUUUUCCUCAACAUCCUCACGCACUCACACUGGAGCAUGGAGAAAGUUUCUCUCUUGGUCUUUGACGAAUGUCAUCAUUGUCGCAAAAACCACGCGUACAACGGAAUUAUGCGGGAGUACUUCCAGUGCCCCAGUCCUCUCAGACCCAAGAUUUUCGGAAUGACAGCUUCCCCUAUCUGGAACCCCAAGGACGCCGUAGAGUCGCUCGCCACGCUCGAGAGAAACAUGGACGCGAAAGUGAUCGCCGUUCGCGAACAUGUCAGCGAGUUGUUGGACCACUCCCCGCGUCCAAAAGAGAUCAUCCAACCCUAUCCUCCCUCCCCUGAAGUUUACGAAUCAUAUCCUACUCCUACCUUGUGGAAUCGCCUUCAGGUCUUGAACUUACCCGAUGAGAUGGAAAUCCCAUGGGAUAAGAUUCAGACUAGGUACGCGGUCACAUACCACAGCUUGGGUCCGUACGGGGCCGAGCUAUACUUGUACUCGGAGAUGAAGCAACGCCUCGUCCUACUCGUGGAUCAAACGAACGGACAUGAAUACAACGGGGGUCUAGACUACUCCGGCAUGGACGUCGACGGCUUGGACAACGCGUACGCAAUCCAGUUUGAGCCCGAGCUCCGUCAAAUCGGCGCCGUCCUCUGCGAUUACACCGCAUUUUUCGGAGAGGACGAUUCUGAUUUGACGAAGUUCCGUGUACCUUUCAGCCUGGAGUGGUGUUCGCCCAAGUUUAAGGUCCUCGUCGACCUCCUCGUAAAGCACUAUACCCAGACCUUCCAGGGCAUCAUCUUUGUUGAGCAGCGUCAUGUAGCAGCCUGCUUGGCAAAGGUCCUGCUUCGAGUCCCCUAUCUCCAAGGCUUCAUUAAGAGUGCUGAGCUCAUAGGACAUGGUGCAACGAGCGUGGCCAAGUCGCAGCUGAAGGGCAUGGCGCUGAAGACCCAACAAGAUGUUGUGAAAUCGUUUCGAGAAAAGGAAGUGAACCUACUCAUCGCCACGUCUGUCGCUGAAGAGGGCUUGGAUUUCCCGGCUUGCGAUGUCGUCGUUCGGUUCGAUCCUAUACAGCAUAUGGUUGGCUACGUGCAGUCCCGUGGUCGGGCCCGCCAUCAAACCUCGACGUUCGUCAUCAUGGUCCAAGAGAAUCACGCCGCCGACUUGGCUCGGUACCGCGCGUUCGUCGAGAGCGAGCCCGAGUUAAAGCGUGUCUACCAGCGUGCCGAUCCCGUUAUACAGAAGUCAACGGUUGAGGAGGAUGAUGAAGACGACGGUGCAGACCCAGCUGAUCUCGCGGAGAGAGAACGAUACGUCGUACCGUCGACGGGUGCCAUCCUGACUUACAAUUCUGCUAUAAGUCUUCUCAAUCAUCUCUGCUCCUUAAUCCCGCGCGAUCGUUUUACGCCCGUUCACCUGCCGAAGUACUCGGGCGACUUCCAGUCCACUUUGGAGCUUCCGCUUUCUUUGCCAUUGCCGUCCGACAAGCUGACGUACGUUGGCCCUAUGAAACGAUCGAAAAAGGAGGCGAAGCGCGCGGUAGCUUUCAUGGCAGUCAUGCAAUUACACCGCUUGAAUGUGUUCGACGACUACCUUCUUCCCGCGAAGAGUUCUAGCGGUGCUGAUACCGAAGAUGCUGAUGGACGCCCCAUCCUGGACGUCAGUGAUGUUCCGGAGACUAUGGACGUGAUGGUGCGCGAUCCUUUCGUUAUCCACCAGAAGAUGUGGUUGCACGUUAUCACUCUGGAUGGCAAGCGGACUGCGGGCCUGGUGACAGGGACGCAGCUGCCGCUGGAGGUCAUGAUGUGCAAUGGCCACGAGAUCCGUGUACACAGGGCGAUGCGGGUGAUAUUCGAUGAUGAACAACGACAGCGGGAGUUGCUGCAGACCUAUACGAAGAUGGGGAUAUGGUGGUGUAUUACGGGACGAGCUAUCCAAAAUCCGCUUUCGGUCUUCUUAGUACCUCUCAGGGAGACGCAGAGUCAACCUGAUUGGUGCGCCAUGGAGCACGCCGCACUCUUUCCGUGGGGAAACCCUGACUGGACCAUUAUCACCGAAGAACACCACGGUCGAUUGAUGGUCGUGAACAGCAAGGACCACGGACGCCCACUUCUGUUGAGGCGUGUGCGUCGUGAUUUGACGCCUAUGUCAAAGCCCCCCAAAGGCUCCAGGGAAGGCUGCUUUCCAACUUACCGAGAUUAUGUACUUCAUCUAUACACUAGGAAAGGCAUUCCGCCUGAGGUUCCUGAAGACGGACCUCUGCUCGAAGUGCAGCCCUUCCCCAGGCACUCGUCUGGCCUUUACGCGCUUCAUUCUCUAGGUCAAGAAGACGACAAGCCGGUAGCCAAUGUCCCGAACGCUCAAUUCCUGCCACAAAGUCUAUGUCGAUGGAUCGGCCUAUCUGAAGACAUCUACAGGACCUUCCACGUCCUGCCGAAAGUACUCCACAGAAUCACCGACGUCUACCGCGCUGGGAGGGCGCGUUUCGAGCUAGGUUUGCCUGCCAUAGGAACCGAUUUGCUCGUGGAAGCCUAUACCCUCCCAAGUGCCAACACGGGCUUCAGCAAUCAAAGGCUGGAGACUCUGGGUGAUUCCGUACUGAAGCUUUGUACGGUGGUCCAUCUGUUCAAUAAGUUCCCUCACCGGCAUGAAGGCCAACUUGAUAUACUACGAAGGAACUCGGUCUCGAAUCGGACUCUGCUUGCUCGCGCGAAAGAGAACGGGCUCGAGCAUUUCUUGACGGGCGAGACGCAAAGCUUGAGGACAUGGAGGUACACGCUCGCUGAAGGUUUAAGUUCUAUGCCAGAAGGACAUGUUAUACGAAGUUCGCCGCGAAGAUAUCCCAGGAGGAGCUUGCAAGAUUGCAUGGAGGCGACGUUAGGCGCGGGUUUCAGAAUGGGAGGAAUACCGAUGGCUCUCCAGACAGGUACUGCUCUGGGACUCUGCCUCGGUGGACCUCUACCGUGGACUCUGCGAUACAGCCGCCACCCGCUGUCGACACCCGUACCGCCCCUGUUUACAGCCUUACAAGAUACGCUGGGUUAUGAGUUCCAUCGUAGCGAGUUGUUGGUUGAAGCUGUUACCCACCCGUCCUUCCGAUCGGCUGUCAGUUCUUCGUAUCAACGCCUAGAGUUCCUCGGAGACGCCUUGAUCGACCUGGUCGUCAUGCAUUAUCUCUUCAAGAAGUUCCCUGAGGCUACGUCGGGCCAACUGUCUUGGGCGCGUUCUCGUGCCGUGUGCGCCCCAGCUCUAGCCUCCGUUGCUGUCAAGAAGCUAUCCUUGCAUCAGAUACUUCUGGUCAACAAUGUGGAGCUGAGCAUGGCUAUCAGCAAGUAUGUGCCCGUACUGGAGGAUACGACGCCGGAGCACAUUGUGAACAAUGGUUGGAAGCACGACCCGCCCAAGGCGCUGAGCGAUGUCUUGGAGAGCGUCAUGGGGGCCAUUCUGGUCGAUUCAGCGUAUGAUUAUGAAAGAGCGUCGGUGAUCGCGGAAGCGGUGAUGGAGGAUGUUCUAGAUGUCUUGUCGCCUAACUUACCUAGGGACCCUGUCUCGGAGCUCAUGAUCAGUACUGCCCGAGCAGGCUGUCGGAAGAUGUCGUAUCGCAAAACGGCGAGCAAUCCGGACUCGAAACGCAACGAUAGUAUCUCGGUUGUCGUCCACGAUGUAGUCAUCGUUGGGCCAGUAUCCGCCGCGAACCUGUCGUUGGCGAAGGGCAGAGCCUCAGAAGAGGCGCGUUCCAUCUUACAGGAUCCGAACUCCGACAAGUAUCUCCCCAAGAUAUGUACCUGCGCGCAGGCUAUGGCAGUCGAUACGCCAGAGGAUGUGGACGAAGUCGAUGAGGAUCACAAGCCUUUGGACGACGAGACCGAAGAAGGGUUCGCGAUGAUGGCCAGGAAGAAGCUGGUGGAAGCCGAAAGUGAUGGACCGAAGCACGAGGAAGAGGAGGAUUUGUCUUCUGGAGAUGAUUCCGCUGAUGAACGUAUGGUAGAAGAAAUGAUCUUGAAUGGACUAGCGCGAACGGCCUUACCAAGUUCUUGUUCCUUCCUCACAGAUCGGUGGAGAGGAACGGACGCAAUGGCCAGCCUGGCUAAUACUGCAUUCCUGAAUCGUUUGAAGACGAUAUACCCUCACGCUGCCUCCGCUGGGAGCAAAGGCAUGCAAGUCGUCUCCAACCCAUGGUAUAUCCUUACCACAGUUGGGUUUAGCGGCAGCAACAGACCUGAGUCAGUCCCAGCUGUCUUCCGACACGUACUGGAUGAUUUGGCAGGCGUCCACAAGAAAGAAAAUGUGACCCAUGCCCAAGCACAUAAUGAGAAGCUGCUACUUGCACGGAAGUUUCGAGAUUCACUCUUCAAAUCUGGACUCACGACAGGCUAUCCACGAGCCAUCAAUAGCAUGGUUUCGUUACAUGAAGCUAUGCCGGAGGAACUCCGCGAUACACGACCCUUACGGAAUCUCCAGACUCCCAUCGAGGAGUAUAUGAGAAGAGGGGAAAAUCUCUUCCGUUCAAUGUACGGGGAGACAGCCGACCCCGUACAGAAACUACUGGACAGUAUCCUGCCUGACAUGGGCUGGUUCUCAAAUACAAUAGGCUACGGAGCCACCUACGGGUUCACGGAAGUUACAACACCUCUCGAGACAUCCUUCAUCCUCGUCGCCGCACUGAUAUCGGUGGACACGCCACGCCAAAUAAAUUGGCACCUCGGAAAUGCACGUCGAACCGGAGCGACGCUAGAGCAGGUCAAAGCUGCCAGACAGAUUGUGAUGGAAGUGGCAGAGACAUCUGGUGUCCGCUGGAAGGACGGAGUUCCUGAGAUUAAGGAGUGAUGCUACAUACGUUUGUGUGUACGUUUCUUAGAUUCCCCACCGUGUCCUAGAUGUGCACUGUACUGUUCCGCCCUUCCUACUGUGGAUGUUUGUAGGCCUGUGGUUGAGUAAAUCUACCCAUUAGACAGCGUAGCUCAAUCAACAGGGAUACAUUUGCC